AUGGUGAGCGGGAGAGGCCGUGCUCCCGCAGCUGCCGCAACGCCCAGGGUGCCGCCCCGGGAGCGCGGGCGCUCUCCUGCGGUCGCUGAUGUUGGCCCAAGCGGCUAUGGAAGGGGCAGCACCCACGGGCGCGGGCGUGGAGGGCGAGGCGCCCGCGGCCGAGGUGGUCGGGGCGGCGCGGCCGCCCUGCCUCCCCAGGCGGGGAACCACUCGGUUGAGGCGGUCUGCGAGUUCAUCGUGGACAUGCACCGCUGGCCCUGCACCUGGCUUCGGCUCCCCGACUCUUUCGCGACGGAGAUGGCAGACCGCGCGCCGUUGGGCCUAUGGGUACAGGCGGACGGCUGA